CUCAACCCCAUAGCCCACCUGAAAGCCAGUCUAGAAAGGAUCUAAAUAAUCGGUGUCAUCCAAAACUGCCUGGAGCUGAGAAGCAACCACUCGUUCAAUCACCUUACCCAACCAAGGAAGAUUAGAGACGGGUCUGUAAUUAGCUAACUCCGAGGGAUCCAAUGCAGGUUUCUUCAAAUAAGGAAAUGCGAGUAAGGAACUAAUCUACACGCAAAGCCAUUCGCACAAAGCAUUUGUUUGAAGUGCACAGCUUGCAUCUUCUGAUAGAAGACGUUGCAGCCUUGAGGUCCUCUUGGACAUCAGCCCUGAAAGUGGAAUUGGGCAGAAAAUCUUCGAGGACAACUACUUCUAGACAAGUGGAUUGAAGCAUCAAAUAGGUAAAGGCGGAAGACGAGAGUGAAGGAGCAAUGAACCCAAAUGCAACAACCAUUUUUAUUUAUGCCUGUUCAUAUGUCUUCAGUAUCCACUCCUAUGAUGCAGAAUGCAUCACCCAAGCUUUGAAGAAAAGGAUGGACAUUGUCUGCAUUGUGCUCUACAGCUUCAUCUGUGUUUUGGGGGCCGUAGGAAACGGGCUGGUCAUUUUUGUCACUGGCUUCCGAAUCAAGAAGACAGUAAAGACUGUCUGGGUUUUCAGCUUGGCCACUGCUGACAUCACCUUCACCUUUUCCCUGCCACUCUUUAUUGCCCAUAUCACUCUGGACUAUCAUGGCUGGGCCAUGUGCAAGCUCAGCAGUGCCAUACUGUUCCUUUACAUCUUCUCCAGAAUUUUCUUGCUUGUGGUCAUUAGCAUAAAUCGUUGGAUUUGUGUGAGGUACACAGUGUGGGCUUGGAAUCAUCAGACACCCCAGCGUGCUGCUUUGGUGGCCUUGGGUAUUUGCAUCCUGUCUUUGGCGGCAGCAUCUCCAUACAUCUGUUAUAAUGAAACUAAACCCAGCCCACGUAAUGUGACUUGGACCUUUCUCAGUAAUGGCCAUAUGCAGGAACAAGGAAGACAUACUUACCAUGGCUUGACUAUCAGCCUGUUCGUCCUUGCCUUUGUCAUCCCAUUCAUCAUCAUCCUCACUUCCUAUGGGGCAAUUGUUUUGAGGCUCAGGAAGAGCCCAUUUCCUAAAUCGAAAAAACCAUUCAAACUUUUCACAGCCGUGAGUGUGGCCUUUUUUGUCUGUUGGCUGCCCUUCCACUUUAUUUCUUUCUUUGAGAUACAAGGAUCAGAAAAGUGUGGCCUGCAAAAGGUGUCCUUUGUUAGUAAUGACUUAAUUCAUUGUUUGGCUUUUUCCAGCAGCUGUCUCAACCCCAUCCUGUAUGUCUUCUUGGGGCAUAAUAACAAGAAGAGGUGGUCCCUCCUCUCUGCGAUGCAGAAUUCCUUCCACUAG